AUGGCUGAUUCUGAGUGGACACGCAUCUUUGCGAAUUAUGCAGGCGAUCUGAAAGAGGGGGAUACUUGGCGGCUGGAGUUUGACGACAGUGUCGAUCCUGAAAAUACAAACCCAGGCUGGCGCCGGUACAUUAAGAAAACAAGUGCAAGGUUAGGGUGUUUAACUUCUGUUUGUGGCAUGUCAUGGUGUGAACAGAUUUAUAGGCUAUUUGUUUAGUUAUUUUUAUUAUAGUAGAGUGAAUGAGAAGUCUUUGGCUGGAUUUAUAUGCUCUUCUCCUUGCUCCUUUUCUUCUUUUACUUUUCAUUUUAUUUCAUUUUGAAUGGACUUAAAUAUGUAAAUAGAUCCAUGUCUGAUUUAAUCAAAAUCUUUUUCCAGAAGAUGAAAUUAUAAAAUAUCAGAAUGUAAAGAUGAUGUUAGUUUAUGUCCAGGAAGGAGUAGGGGAGACCGGGGCUUGUUGUCACACUUUUUAAACUCUUAUAUAUUUCUUGGAAUUAAUACAUCAUGUGUAAACAAAAUGUGUACCACACGAAAGACUAAAGUCUCAGGUAUUUCAUAUUCAUGUCAUUUUCACAUCUUGUAUCAGUGCAGAGUUAUAAGCAAUCAAAUAGAGAGUGUGAACAUGUCAAUCUGUGCCAGUACAUCAAGUAGAACUAUAUCAUCAGUAACUUCAGAGCACUGAAAAUCAAAUCGUCUCACAGGGGCAGAUUUGUUAUUAGUAAUCUGUCAUUACAUUAGAGGAAAAAUUCAAUACACAUAAGAGACUAAUUGAAGCACAAAAAAGAAAAACUUUUAGGUAUCUAACUAUUUCAAAUCAGAGCUCACAAAAAUAAGGAACAAAUGAUUCAAAUUGGCCCUUAAGUCCAAGGGAAGACUGCCACAGCUGUACAACACGGCUCAAGAGGAUACUUAUACUUACAAAUACAGAGAAAGUAAGGUGACAGUUUGGCCUCAGUCUUUAAGGGGUGCAGUAACGUUUGCAAACCACCAGAUGUCUCUGUGCUGUUAGACUAUAAUAGAUGAGGGAGUCUUAUCGAACCUUCGGAUCUGGAGAGAUUUUAUGUGAUUUUAUGGCUCUUAACGAUUGGCAUUUUUUUGUACUUGAUUGUUGUAUUGUUGUUUUUAUGUGUGUCUUAUCUGGACGGCUGGGUUCCUGCCUGCAAACAAAAUUUACCCCAAGGUAUAAAUAAAGAAACCUUUGAACCUUUAUAUCUCUGAUGUUAUCUUGAACUGGAUGUUUGUGUCAUUCUCAAGGUUCCAGUGCUCCAGGUGUAAAAGAAGCUGGCCCUCCAAUAAGGUGAUGGUCGUCUUCCUCAUGCAGCUAAGUCAGCAUCAGGGCGUCGUCAAGAUGAGGCGUUUCCGACAGAACUGCAAGAAGUGCACUGUUGCCCCAAUGGAGAGACCCAGUAUCAGCUCCGACAACAUCACCGUCCUCAUGGAGAGUCUGAUGGAAAAGAUCAGAAGAAAUUGCUACGACGAAGACCUGGGUGAACUGAACCGGAUGUUCGUACGCUUCGACGUCAAAAGUCCCCAUGAACCCAGUCAUUGUGAAGCUUGUUUGGCAGGCAUCUGUACACAGGGGAGUGGGGCAGAACCUUAAGUUUAGCAAGGGUUUAUAAAGUUCCUAAAGUGAAAUUAAACUAAUUAAGAAAUGAAAUUAAUUAAACAAAUAAAUAUUUCACUUCUUGAAGUUCAUUGACAGCUUAUGAAGAAUGCAGUCCUUUAUUUCAGGCUGUCGAGUAUCACUUCUCAACAUGCUCUUGUCUAAUGAGUUUUGAUAUUUUAUGCAUGUCUGCAAAGAUUUCUGUUUUAUUUAAUUUAUUUUAAUUUAAUUCAUGUAAUUAUAAUGUGCAGUUCAUUGUAAUUUGAUACAUGAAGGUUUUACUGUUCCCUUCUUUUGGCAGUCAGUUGUCAAUAAUGUGUCACUGCCUUGGCUCACAAGUUUUAAACGAAACUGUUAAAUUUGAAACACAAAUAAAACUCUGACAAGCAAUCAACUUGCAUGUUCAGUUUGUGUUUAUAUUGUGUAUUUUUUGAAAAAAUCUGCAUGAAUAUCCUGUAAUGUCUAUGAAUAGAAACCUCUUGGUAAAAUUUGCCACAUGCAGUGUUUGCAAAGCAAUAACUGAUCUGUUAGCAGUGGAAAAACUCACCGCUCAGAGCAAGCAUACAGUUUUGACAUGCACGGUUGAGAAAUGUGAGCAAUUGCCUUACAUUUAAUGCUCAUGCAGGAACACACAAAGAGAUGGAUUUAAUUUAUGAGCUGUUUUUAAACAACACACUGCAUGCACAGUCGGUCGUAUUGAUAUGAUGGAACAGAAAAUGAUACAGUGCACCCUCUUAAGCUUCACUGACAGAACAUGUUAGACAUUAAAGUCUCCAAUCGUCAACAAAGUCCUUCAUAAUCACGUUUAUAAAAGCACACCAGCUGGUCCUCACGACUUGGUGCUAGAAAAUCAAGCAUUCAUAAAGGUCAUGACCUUAUUUCAGUUAAAGCCAGAUAAACGCAUUUCUUUUGAGAGUGAUUUAUGAGAAAAGCUAACUUUCAUGACCUCCCACUUUACCUCAUUGACCCCAUAUCGCAAAAUACUGCUUCCCCGCCUCUUUGUUUUACAGUAGCUUUUAGAUACACCAUCGGCAAAACUGCAGCACAACACUGUCUUUCACACUGGAAAAACGAAACUUAACAAAGCCAGCUGAUGGUGUUUAGGUUUCACUUUCCCCAAAUACGCCUUGACAGACUAGCCCAUCAGUCUGGCUGAGUCACUUUCAUCAGUUGCUUGUGUACUACUGUGCAGAUCAGCUGUCAGGGUUUUGUCUCUUCAUCUGCUGCCAUCCUCACUGACCCUAAGAAGAUGAAAUAUUCAGAGUGGGAACGGAUCUUUGAGAAUAAAACGAAGGAUCUUAAAGACUCCUGGUCUCUGGAGUUUGAUGAAAGUCUUGCUCCAAAGUACCCAAACAGGGGCUGGAAGAUGACCGUCAGGAGCACUUGUGCAAGGUUGGUAAACAGAAAUGUGUAAUGUGAUUUAUUUUUGGUCGGCAGUAUAUUAAAUCAGUAGCAUGGGAGAACGAUUACUUUAUAAAAUUUUGUGUAGGCCUAUAUUAGAAUUAUGGCAUUAAUUUAAUUAGAGUAAAUGAAUAUAAUCCACAGUGGACUAGAUUAGUUUAUAGUGAAGUAAAUUUUAUUUAAUUCCCAGAUUUCAACCUGGAGCAUUUUAAACAGCAGAGAAAUAAACAGAUACUAUUGUGUAAACAGGAAGGAGAUUAGGUUACAUGACUCUUCCUCAUACUGGACUGUUUCACCACAUAAUGAUGUUACUACAGAGGCUAUUUUGCCAUUUCUGACCAUUAUCAUUGGUGCUCUGCUCAAUCCCUCAGGCCUAGCUCAGUGAAAAUGACAGAAAAUGACAGAUUUUAAAAUAUGGGAUGUAGAUUUUUAGUCUGACAUUUGGAAGUAUUUUGGUUUUCCUGUGUCAAGAAAUGAUAAAGGAGAAACAAACAAAUGAAAAAAGGGUGUCAAACUUAAAUUUCAAACCUUUACAUUCCUUUUUCCUGACCUUCCCUGGUCCUACAAGCGUGUCCAUGUCUUGAAUCUAUACAUCAUUGCAGACUGGGAAGACUGACACUUUUAAACUGGGCUCUUUUUUUAUUUCAAAGGUUCAAAUGCAGCAAGUGUGGGAGAGUCUGGGCUUCCAACAAGGCCAUGGUGGUCUUCCACAUGCAUCUGUCCUAUGGGGGAGGCAUCGCCAAAGCCAAGCCCCUCCAUCAGAAAUGCAAGACAUGCGAUGAUGGUCCGAUGGAGGAGCCCAGCGUCAGCUCUGCGAAUGUUGCCAUCCUCCUGGAGAAUCUGGUGGAGCAGAUCCGAGUGAAAUGCUACAAUGAGUCUAUGGCCAAAAAACCCCGGCACUUCAGGAGCUUUGACAACCAGAGUCCCCAUGAGCCUGCUCACUGUGAGGCCUGUAUGCAGGGCAUCUGUCCAAAGAGCUGA